CGGACCGAGCGCGUCACUUUUGUAUUAUCACCCAAUUACCUACUUUGUUAAUUGCCCGAUUAGAAAUCUUCCGCUACCGCUGGCGCGGCCUGCGAUGUGCGAUGCGUCAGUAAUCCGUGAACUGUCCGGCCAUCGCGAGCGUUUUUCAUCCAACCUGUUGUUCACGCCCGAUCACGUCCGCGCGACAAUGCAAUUUGGAAAGUAACCAAAGCGCCAAAAGAACCAUUUCGAAAUGUUUCGAAAAACUAUUCUACUAGUCAUUUUCAUUGUUGGCGCACACAGCGUUCAAGUACCAUUGGUUCUGAAUGGUUCCGAUUCUAGUCGAGUCAUUAUUGGUGCCGAUGCCAGUUUGGUACAUCCACAUCCGGGAAUUAAACCAACGGCGGCCACAUUUGAGUAUAAACCGGGUGUACCACCUGGGGAAAGCUUUAAACCUGAAACCAUUAAACCGGAAAAUUCACAAAUAAAACCACCGAAGCCCAAUCAUCCAAACAAACCAUUAAAACCAGAAAAUAACAAUCACAAUAAUCAUAAUAAUAACAAUCCGUUUGGUUGGAUUGUGGAUUGGUUUGAGAACUUUAAAGGAUCUCGAAGCCCUGUUUUAGAAAAUGUGACAAACGCAGGCGAUGCUUUUCUUCAAGAAUUAAAUCAAACACAAACUGAACAACUUUAUGAACUGCUUAAUCAUACUCAAUAUAAUACAAGCAGUGAGUUUCAACAGUUAGUGAGUUCAAACAAAGGACUUUUUGAUUGGUUAUUAGAAAUAACUGGUUUUGCAAGACCUAAUCUUGAUACUGCUCAAAGCAAACCCAAAGUGUGCCCACAAUGUACAUGUGGUCAAUCAAUUAAACAAAUCCGAAUUGUUGGCGGAGUAGAAACUCAAGUAAAUGCGUAUCCAUGGAUGGCUUAUCUGAAAUACAACGGACGGUUUUACUGUGGCGCAAGUGUCAUCAACAAUAAGUAUUUACUCACAGCUGCGCAUUGCGUGAGCGGAUUCAACAAAGAUAGGUUAGAAAUCACACUUUUGGAUCAUGACCGUUCAACGCCAUUUGAAACAACGACGUUGACCGCGAAAGUAAUCAAUGUGUACAAACACAGUCGCUAUAAUAUGGGUGCCAACUACAACAAUGAUAUUGCAUUAAUAAAAAUAGACAAAGAAUUGGAGUUCAAAGGUUUAUUGAGACCUGUAUGUUUACCAACGCCGAAGAAAAGUUUUACGGGGUAUAAAGGAGUUGCAACCGGAUGGGGAGCAACUGAAGAACAUGGUGCUAUAUCCAAUAAACUCCGAGAGGUCGAAGUUCCUAUUUUGGCGAAUGCUAAGUGUGUUCAAACUGGCUACGGAAAACGCAUCACGGAAAAUAUGCUGUGCGCUGGAUAUGAUGAUGGCAAGAAAGAUUCCUGUCAAGGUGAUAGUGGUGGGCCAUUGCAUGUGCUCAAUGCCACAAUACACCAAAUUGUCGGCAUCGUCUCGUGGGGUGAAGGCUGCGCAGAGCCAAACUUUCCCGGCGUUUACACCCGAGUGAACCGCUAUCUGACGUGGAUAAACGCCAACACCAAGGAUGCCUGCUACUGUUCUUAAUUCUAGAUUAUCUAAACAAUCU